AUGUCAACCACCCAGAUACUCAGAAAGAAGCCAAAAUUGUCAGCAGAUGUUUCAGCUUUAGAGCAACAGUCCAAAUCUUCCAAAGUCACCUUGCAGAGCCCAUCUCUUCUCAUCCUGGAAAUCCCCCCUGACACCAACACCAGCCUCCCGGUGUGGGAGGCCAUGAUGUCCCAGCAGGUGGCCAGCACCUGGACCGUCAACCCCUACAGCAUCGGUCUCCAUUUAACCCCUGCGACCCCAAAGCAAAAGAACACUACAGCUCCCAGGAAAAGUGAGCGCGUUUCCAACAUGGCAAAGACCUCCAAGACUCCUUCCAUGUUCGUCCACCCGUAUUCAACGAUGGUCAUCCAGCCCAUCGCCCAGCAGCAUGGGGCCUCCCAGAAAACCCCCAGCGUCCUGCUCACUUUUCCCCAAAACCAGUCCCAGGUCCUUCCGAGUCCUUCAAGUGAGUCUCAAAACGUAGCUCCAAAUCCAGCCAUGUCAUUCAUUGCCUCCCUGCCUCUGCUCAUCACCCAGCCUCCUCCUGCUCCCAAGCCCAUGAUCCAGAUUCUCCCAAAAGCCACCAAUGCCAAGCCUCAAGCGCCAGCCGGGCCACAGUCUAUCCCAUCCCUGUUUCACACAAAGAGCUCAUCUGACAUCAACAUCUGUGACAGAUUCCUCUUAAGUGUGUGUCAGGCAGGGAAGAAUUGCGACAUGCACCACACGCCUUAUCCCUUUCACUGGCAGCUGUGGUGCAUUGUCAGCCACCAGUGGAUCAACAUCAGCCUUUGCUCUCAGGUCUUACUUGAGAGGAUCUACUGCAAUGUCAAACACGAGGGUGUUAAAAUCAACGACGGAAAAGACCACUACACUCUGGGCUUCGAGUCAAUGGAAGUGAACGGCACCUAUAAAUAUGAGAGUGCUAGACGACUGUCUAACUCUGAUAGUCUCAUUAUUAACCCUUACUUUCCCACCAAAUGGAGAAUCUACUGGUGGGACUCUGGCUGGGAAGAGUACGACCAGGACACGUCUGACUUGCUGCGCGAGAAGAUGAGUGAGAAGGAGUCAGAGUGUUUCUUCCAUAUCGGCCGCCAGGAAUACAAGGUAGACUUCGCCAUGAUGACUCAAACCAACGUUACCACUGGAUACCAGAGAGCAAUUCGAUGCAGACCCAUCUACCGCUCAACUGAUUCCAUGCAGCCUUACCUGAAGACAGGAAUUGAGACGGACCCCAUCCAGCCUGCUACUGAUCCCCCUGGGCACAACUUCAGCGUGGACCCUCUGAAGGAGUUCAGUUCCUGGUACCCUCCAGUGUGGGGUCUGGCCUCAGAGCGGGACUACAGCCUGGUACAUGUUCCGGCUGGCACACGGGCCUACCGCUGUGUCCAAAACCUUUUCUAUGAGAGCCUGCAUGCCACCAGCGUGGACAUCAUCAGCAUCCAGCAGGUCCAGAAUAUCCUCCACUGGGACAAGUACCAAAGGCACAAGGCAUACAUGCAGAAGCAGCCCUCCAAGUCUAAGGAGCCUCUGGAGAGACAUCUCUUCCACGGAACAACCAAAGAGGCCUCAGAGGCCAUCUGCCACAACAACUUCGACCCCCGUGUGGCCGGCGUCAACGGCACAUCCUACGGUAAUGGCUCCUACUUCGCCACCACUGCCGACGUGUCCAACUACUACUCGACCUUGCGAGAUGACGUCCGCCACAUGUUCCUGGCCAAAGUCCUGGUGGGGCAGGUGUGUGUGGGAAGGACAGACUACCGCCGCCCACCGCCAAUCAAAUCCAAGAUGAGCCAGUACCGUCUCUACGAUAGCUGUGUGGACGUCAUGAACAAACCCACCAUGUUUGUAGUUUUUGAUAGCUGUCAGUGUUACCCCUACUACCUUAUCAAGUACAAAGACCUGCCCGCCGAGAUUGAUAUUUAA